CGAACCUACGCGUGUGCAGUGUUUUUUCUCUUUCCUUUUCUCUCUUUUCUUCUAUCUCUGGCCCUUUUUCCGUCCCUUCUUCAUUUAAUUACAAGAUGUCUCCUUCGUGCAGAGUGCCCGGCAAGAAAAUGAUUGAGAACAUUUUUGAAAGUCAUCUCGGGAAGAAAACACGAAUUUCGAAAGACGUUUUGCCUCUUCUCCACCUGCAGUUUAUUUUGUUUCUUAAGGAAUUGGCUUCCAUUUCUGACUUGGAGGCUUUCAAGCAGCGAAAGCGCGUUUUAUCCGGAGAAGAGAUCGACAUGUGUGCGCCUUCGUUGCUGAAGAAGUACUGCGACGCGAAGAGGACGAGGCCGGCGCCACGACCCAGGUCCUCUCGGGAAAGCACCGAUAGUGAAUCCACUGAUAGUUUGUAGAGUAAUGAAGUCGACGGAAAAUGGAACUUUCGAUUUGAAUUUUGGUUUGAAUGUUGACGGUUAGAGGGAGAAACGUUAUGGAAAAAUGGAACUUCAAUUUUGGUUUGGUUGAAGUUCAAAAGUUCACUGUUUAUUAGAGGAGAUUUGGUUUAAAAUAUUUUCUUGGUUUACUUUUUAUUGUGUGUAACAAUAUUAUCUGGGAACUGCUCUGAAUUAUGUUCUUGUUAAGUUAGAUCUUUUUUCUUUCUUUGUAAUGGUUUAUUUAUUUUUGUAAAAGGCAUUUGUUGCUGUUGCCUUUCUCUGCCAGUUGUAAUUGUAGAUUAUAAGUUUAUUUUCUCAGCAGUAAUUCGUUGUUGCGGAAAAGAUAUACAGGUACUGAUUAUUUCUUACCGUGAAGUAUAUAUGGCGUAAAAAGAAAAAGGAAUUCGGAUUAUUUCCUUGUAAAAGGAUUUUUGCCAUACCUGUUGCCAUAGGGUAUAGAGCUUCCAAUGAAGGAAUCGACUUAAUUUUCAUUGUUAUAUUUUCAUUUCAUCAUUUUGUGUUCAUUUUUUUUAAGGAAGGAAGAAAAGCUAUUCAGAAAGGGACAAGUUGCUCUUCUUUGUUAAGCAAUAAAAGUUGCUUUACCCAUAUAACAAAGGACUGUACUUCCACCUUCUACAUUCUACACGCAGUUCUUGCCACAUUGCCCACACCUGUUCCUCCUAAAAUAGCAUCAAAUAUGUAAUCUUCGCUUCAUCUGCUGAGGAAAAUAAACCUUUUAAUAUUCUUCCUUACGCCUUACUUGCAAUUGGUUCAAUAGGAAUCCUGCACAAGAAGCAAGAGGAUUAUGGACCCUGGAUCACGUGGCAACAAUCUACUGCAAAUGAAUUCACACUCGCAGCACUAUCGAGGUCACGGGGCUUCUAUGCCGUCAAUGACUGGCCUUUUGAUCUGUACAGGGUGUUUCCCCCUUACGGAUUAUGCGCUCUAUGGAGAUGACUGGUUUGUGGGUCCUCGUCGUAUAAUCACGUCUUUUGAGUUAAUAAUAUGCGUAAACCGUAGUCUUUUUGAAAUGACGGCUGUCCUUUGUGAUGAGUAGGUUAGGAGACUUUACGUUUUCUCACAAUUGCCUUUCGCGGAGAGAAAAUUAUGAUAUAAGGGGAGUUUCUGGUGAGAAGUGGUUGUGCAAGAGUGGGGACCUUGGUGCUGUUUUCAUCAAAGCCCUUUCUGAGAUUGGAAGUACAAGCAAUAAUGUGCAACAGGAUUGAAUCUUGCCGCUUGCCACCGAAUGCUAUUUAUUGUUUGCAACAUAUUUCUCUCGUGUGAAGUUGUAUAUUUGGACUGUGAUGUUGUAUGUAAGAUGCCACAUAUUGUCAAAAUAUUGCUCGGAGGAAGUAUGCCUUGACGGAGAAUAUGUAAAGUAAAAUGGGCCUA